UUGCUACGAAAUGGAACGAUACCUGAAGGAUGAGCCAAAACUGCAGACUUUCAAAAAGCUACCAGCCGAUUUAGACACACCAUGGGACCUGUUUGCUGCGCCCGGGCCGAUAGCGGGCUGGAAAGUAGAAGUAGAUUCUUACUGUAUAGAAGAACUAAACUUAAAUGAUAGAAACUCCGACUUACACUCGAGCUCGUCGUCCUCCUCCUCCUCGUCGUCAUCGCCCUGUUCCGGAUCGUGGGACAGCAGUUCAUCGCUGAGCUGUGCAGUGGUGAUGAAAAAAGAGCGCCUCGAUCCAGACGACGACGAUGGUAACAAUUCCGACAGCUAUGACGAGCAGAGUGAAAAGUUUGGCAAAAUCUCCGUGCACCAUCAUCAUCACCACCACCCGCAGAAUGCGAUCGAGCUACGGUUAGUGGCACGAGCGACGACCUCCGACCUGUUACCAACGUUAACACCUCCCUCGUCGCCGGAAUCACACCUCAGUAUAGGCAGCAAGGGCAUUACGACACUGGCGGCAACCGUGAAAACCGAACCGGAGAUUGCACUGCUAGAUCAUCAGGGCAUCCUGAGGGUAUCGACAGGGACGCACAUACCCCGGAAUGCGAUCGUCCGGCUGACGACGUCCAGCAGUAAAGGUGGCGUCGGGUUAACACGGGUGAUACAGGUCAGUCCCCAGCUCCAAGCUGCCAUUGCACAGCGGAGUUCCGCGACGUCAUCCAGUGCGCCAUUUUCAUCAGUGACAAGCUCGAAACAUCACCAGCGACAGCACGAUCACAGUCCGGAUUCGAAACGACGGAUACACAAGUGUCAAUUUCUUGGCUGCAAAAAAGUGUACACCAAGAGCUCGCAUCUGAAGGCACACCAGCGAACGCAUACAGGCGAAAAACCCUACAAAUGCUCGUGGGAAGGAUGCGAGUGGCGAUUCGCCCGUAGCGAUGAGCUUACCCGUCACUACCGGAAGCAUACCGGAGCGAAGCCAUUCAAAUGCCGGCACUGUGACCGCUGCUUCUCCCGUUCGGACCAUCUGGCACUGCACAUGAAACGUCAUGCAUAAACCGCAGGAAGCUGAAAAAUAUGCCAUCGGCAUCCGAUUGAAAGAGCUUGCAGCAUCGCGCUAUGUCACCCACACACACACAUCCACAUUCACCGCACAGACACACUAACACAGACACACACAAACAAGCGCGCCUCACAUCAGAAGGACAAAGUCAUCAUCCCGUUAAGAUGAUUACGUUUGAAAAUGGGUUUUUGCUAAACAAGCAAACAUUUAAAUGCACUACUUAGAGGAGGUCGCAGUAGACUUCUGCCAUCAACAUCAUCAUAAUCAUCAUAAUCAUCAACAACAACAACAACAACAUCCCAGUUACUGUCGCAGUCGUCCCUGAAUAAACACAUCAUUAUCUAGAAAAGUUUUCUCAUUAGGCUAUUAAAGCUAUUUUACACCAGGACGUAAGCUGAUAUAGGAAUGCGAGUGAGAACACGAUGGUAGCGGAAUAAAACAAACGCAAUCCAGUUUAACAGCAUAAAUUAACUAUUAUAAAGUUGCACAUUUAUGAAUUCCAAAACGUUUUCGGAUAACCAAAAUUUAAGUAUUUGGCAUUAGGAUCGGUAAGAGGAAAUUGUUAUAUAAGCGAUAAUGUCUCAUUGUAUUUUGCUUAGUUUGUAAGGAACACAUCACCCAACCCCUCCGUGGCUUUACGACCACACGUUUACGGUUCACCCCAUCAUGAUUCAUUGGAGAAUUUUCCAGUUCAUGUUAUUUUAAAUGCUUUCAUAUAUGUAUGUAUAUAUAUAUUUUUUGUUAUUGUCGGAAAUUAGACUUUUGUCAGGGACAGUGCACAAAGUUUUACCGAACGUGGCCAUUUUAGAUUGUAGUUUAUUGAUUUGUUUAUUUUUUUUCGUUAAGGGCUUUUAGUAGGUAAGAUAUGAUUUAUAAAAAAACCGAUUAGUUCUCAUUUUCAGGGCGUUAGCAAAGCGCGAAUGUAAAGCAGGAAUGAUCACAUCAAACAGAAAGUAAACCAUCACUGCCAAACCAUAAAUACUAGUGACUAUUCGAUUAGGGUUAAACGAAAGGUAUUCAACUUUGCUAGUUCUGUUUUUACAAGUUUCCGAUUUUUAUUCACUUUCCGCUUUCCAAUAUUGGUUGUUACUUUUUUCAUGUCUAUCAUAGAAACAUAAAAAAAAACAUAUCCUGCCUUUGAAUUGUAUCAUUCUUAAUGUUAUUGUAGGAGAUUGUAUUGUACAGAACGUAAAGCAGCGUCAUUUGACAGCUCAAAAAAAUCUUUGUUUUCAUUCGAUUCAUUACAAAAAUAUGUCGGGCAAUACUCAGCUUGCUAAUUCAUUAGAGUAGGACAACAGUACUCACUAGAGACAAAGGAAAAAAAACAAAAAGCAUCUACAUAUUCAUGCGUGAUUGUGCGUUUUAAAAACAGCCAACAUUAAAAAAACACACACAUCGAGACACACGAGACAGUAUAGACACUGCGAUUAAUAGGUACUACGAAACAUUGACUCAAAACAUCCCAGAGGAAGAGGAAAAUAAAACCAGAGAAAAAAAAAUGAAUGAACUAAAUGAACAGUCUAUCGUUUGCGUGAUGCAAUUUCUGUGAUCUGCAUUUUUUCGAGCGACCGGUCAGAGGUCAGGUUUAUACUUGUAACAACAAAUCACCCAUCGUGGUGCCAUAGUAGCAAAAUAUAUUAAAACGAUGGAACCACUAACCGAGGGCAGCCCCGCGAGCAGAGGACGAACGAAGGGGUUCGAAAAGUCGCGAGCUUGCCCGGGUGAGUAAAGCCUAGCUGAAUAUUCACCGAUUGAUGCUGUAUAGAGUUGUAGUAGCGAAUAAAAUGUGUUUUCUUGUGUAUGAUAAACCACACAAAAAAAAUGUUGUAGAAGUAUGCUUAAAAGCGGGAAUGAACAAUGUGAACGUUAGGAGGCAACAUUGCGGGGGAAAUGUAGAGUACAUAUUUUAAAACAAGGUUUUAGAACGAUAGCCGAAUUUUCAUCAUCGAUCACGCGCAUUUUCGUCGUAGAUAGUUUCUACUGGUUUAGAGUAUUGGUGAUUUCAGUUAAGUAAAACGGUUACAUCCAAAGACAGAAAAAAUCAGAGCAUACUUUGUUGGAAACAUUAUAACCAUUAGUUUUAUUGGCAACUCUUCUUUUUUUCUUGACCAUAUAAAACUAUUUGAAUCAUCGUGUUGGGAACGUCGUUUGUCUUUCACUAUACCUCAUGAAUUCUACCAAUAAUUAUUCAUUUCACCUUAAGGGGAAAAGCUGAAGCAAUUUUCUCUACUGCCGGUGAGUGGAAAUACAAAAAUGAAAUGUCAGUUCAAGUAGCACAUUGUCAAAAAUUACCGUCAUCUUAUUACCUGAUUGGUUUGAAUUAUAUCAGAGAUUCAAACAAACAAAUUACCGUGAGCCAGAUGUCACAAGAGCGACAAUGGUCAGUUUUGCGCAGUGGCAUCGGGUCUUCUCUAAUAAAGUGUUUUUUUUUUGAGUCCAAAGUAAAGGCUGACGAAAGGUACACUCUUACCAGCAGCUACCUAAUUUUGGAUCACAACCUACCCAAAAUCAACUAAAGUGCAUCUUCCCAAUUUUAGGUAACGAGUGAUAACCUCAAAAUUUAGGUAAAUGUAAUGUCGUUUUCGCUUCAUACCAAACCUAACCCAGUUCCCGCCCUAACCGCUGUCAAACCGUUUGUUUGAAGCUAGUUUCGAACCUAGUUUCAACGUUGUUGAACUGAAAAUCGAGUAGGUUUCAAAUCGGUUUUUUGUAUCAGGUUUGCUCAAACCCCCGUUUGUUUGAUGAAACUACCCUGAGGCAGUUCUUGGCACAUUUGUUCCAUAUUUUGGUCAUCCGCUUCAUUAUUGCCCAAAAUCUCUCGAUGCCCCGGAACUGCAGAUGGGUGGAUUUAUGUGUUUAUCGAUUAAAUCUACGUUAUUGUCGCGGUACCACUGGAUGACUUCCCGGCUGUAUGGGCUACUCGCCAAAUCUACCCAAAAUUUCACGAGACCUUCAUGGGCUUUGAUGGAAGGUAAUACGCGGUUUUUAAGUUAUUCUACCUUUUACAGCUUCGAAUCCAUCGUUUUAUUCGUCCCGAAUAUUUUGGUCUUUGCUCCGCAGCUGCAUGUCCCUUGCCAAAUGAUCAGUUUUUGGCAAAUUUGUGUAUGGAAGCAAACUUAAACUUUGCAGGAACAUCUCCUCGUGCCGUCUCCAUAUAGAAUUUUUGGCCUGGAAGCUGUCCGAAAACCGUUUCGACGUAGGUUUCAUCGUCGAUGAGCAGGCAUCCUUGGUACUUCGUCAAAAUCUGCUGGUACCAUUUCCGAGCUCGAGUUUUGGUGAUUUCAUUAUCUGAUAGUUCAGGGUUUUCUUUGACGGUUCACAGCACCUUCUGGUUCAGGUUACUUCUGGUUCUGGUUCUGUCUCCUUGUCCAGAUUAUCACAUGACUUACCGUAGUGAACAGCUUUUUGGCAAUAUUGACAUGUGGCCAUCUGAUUGUCAUAGAUAACAAGUGAUUUGCACGAGAUUCUUGUAUCCUGACCGAAAGUCACAUAAGAAGGUAUAGACCUCUGCAAGCGCAUGCGUAACAAACGUACGCCAUUUAGAAUACCGGGGAAAAGUUCUUCCACUUUUCUUUUUCGAUAGAGAGAAUCUCUCCGUUAUGGGACAUAGUUUUGCGAAUAUAAGGAUCGAUGAUGCUUGAAGGAAGAUCAUGCACACGCACUUCUAUAGCACUAUCUUCCAUAUAUGAUAUACUGGAAUGUUGUACUUAAUGUUUUCAUGCUCCACAUAGUGCACAUUGUUAUUGUCUUUUGCGAAUUGAAUUGCAUCCAACUCUUAAUAAAACUGGAUGUAAAGAACAUUAUUCGUCUUAUUGCAUUGAAGUAAAUGCACACGUUUAAUGUCAAGAUGCAUUUGCUCUUUAAGCAAACCUUCAAGUUCUCGUAUCGAAGGUCGAAUUGCACUGCCUGAAGUCAACAAUAAUUGUCUUCUUUCAUAGAGAAGGUAGCUUUUGUUCGUUUGGUUCACUGAUUUCGAGAUCGUUCUAUUGUUCACUAAACAAUACUUUACCUGGUUUCUUCCGUCCCGAACGUAAGCGGUUUUGUUUUAUCGACUGACUUGGAUGAGAUGUGAAAGCGAACUGAAAAAAUGCUAUUGAUAAACUUCGAAAGCUGCUAAAGCAAAAUCAGUCCUUUUAUCUUAAUUUUAGGUUAGUUGAGAAGUUCCGUUUUCAGGCCACAACUGCAAAUCGCUUGCCAAAGCUUAAUUGUCUUCUUAAACAUGUCGUCAAAAAUGAACUUGAAUCUUCCCGAUACAUCCACGUAUCCAAUCGCAGCGUAAAACUUUUGACCGGGAAGAUACUUAAAAUCGAAUUUGAUGUGUGUUUCGUCAUCAAUCAAAGUGCAUUCCUGUUGGGCCACCAAAACAUGGUCGUGCAAGAGUUUUACUACUGUGGAACAAAAAAAAAUAAUAAGACUUUGUUCAUAAUUUCAAAAUUCCUUAUUUAUUCUUUCAAAUCUACUUCGUCGCCCUCAAAGUAAUCCCCCCGGUCCCAAUACACUUGUGACGAUAAUUUUUCCAAUCCUCGAAACGCGCGUAGCGAUUCACGUUUGAUGUCUUCAAUUGACUCAAAACGGUUUCCCCGAAGCGAUCGUUUAAGUUUGUUGAAUAGCCAGAAGAAUACUGUGGUUGCGGAACGAUAUUGGUUGAAUUUUUAGCGUCACGAAGAAUCAAUGCAUUAAUUCUGGCCACUUUGCACGAAUACUACCUCAGGUACCCAAUUAUAUUUUGUUUAGGUUUUGUUAUCAUUGAUAUUCUAUCAAAUUUCAAGCUUUAUACUUGAACAUUUAUAAAAGUUACGCUCUCUUGAGUACGUCUGCGUUUGUGCGUAGUCCAUUUUGUAUAAUUUUCAAAAUAGAAUUGAAUUUGUAACAACAAGUUUCCAUUAAAAUUUGCGUUAAAACCGGUUUUAAUGGAGCGACGAUAUUGCAAAUUUUAGAAGAGUGUUUCGACAACGAUACUCUGAAGAAAACAGUCGUUUAUCAGUGGCACGAACGUUUUAGAAGUGACCGUAAGUCUAUGAAUGAUAAUGAGAGAAGCGGUAGACCAUCGACAUUGCAAAUCGUCGAAAACAUCAACAAAAUCAAAGAAUGGAUGACCGUAGACCGCAAAUUAACGUUUGCGUGAAGCAAUUCAUCGAAAAAAAAACAGAUUUGUAGGCAAAUAACUCGCGGAUCUUGCACCACAAUACGGCACCUUCGCCCAAUGGCAUCGUAAUUCGAGAAAUUUUGGUUAAAAACGAAACAAAUACCACCGAAAUCAUCUGAUUUGGCUCCAUGCGACUUUUUCUUAUUCGGUCGGCUCAAGAAACCGCGAACUCAGCACUCAAAAAAUCGUAGAUGGCUCUUAUGGCCAUACUGGGAACUGAAAAUAAAAAGGAAGUUUCGAGGAUUGAAUCAAGCUCUGGCAUAAAUGUGUUGCAGUCGAUGGAGAGUACUUUGAAGGGGACAGUAUCGAUUUUGAUGAAUAAUCUUGUAUUUUCACUUUCUGAAUAAAUUCGGGCAACUUUUCGAUCACGGUAGUAGCUUCACGCAACUGACGCGUAACACUCAAACAGUAUUCUUUGUUGACAGUUUGGCCGGUCGGAAGGAAUUCGGAGUGCACCACACCUCGAUAAUCAAUGAAAACUGUCAACGGUGUACCUUGAUUUGGACGUGGUUCGUCGUCAACGAACCCUCUUUGAACAACUUGUACCAAUCAAAAACACUUGCUCGCGACAUACAAAUAUCACCGAAGGCCUUUUGCAGUAUUCUGAAUUUGAUUCCGCACACAAAAUGUGAUGGAACUUCUUUGUCAAAUCAUUUUACUCAUUGUAGAAAUCGCUUAUUGCACUUUUAAUCCGUCAGAAAGACAGAGGUCAGACAGUCAUACCAACCUAGAAAAAAAAAUAUUUCAAAAGUCCUACUACUUUUUGUCCACAGUAGUACACAUUUUUUGGCUACAGAAUUAUGAAAAUUAAUAAUUGUUCUUCGCUUCUACCAAAAUGUUGAAAAAUUGCGUUUCUCACCCUAAAUGCAAUGAAAUAGCUCAAUUCUCGAAGAAAAUAUAUUGAUACAUAUAGGAAUAUUACAAUAUUUUCAUAAGACAGGGCAUUUGAGAACACUUUACUCCCCGGGUUGGCGGUUCAAUGCAUAGGGCACUGGUCUUACAAAUCAGUUGUCGUAUGUUCGAGCCCCGACCUGUAAGGAUUCGUACUGUCAGUAGAAUCGUGUAGCACCAGCCAUGCAAUGGUUCUGUACACUGUGAAUCGACUGCGAAGUCUGUUGAAACACAAGGUCAAAUUCCACUACAGGAAUGUAAUACCAAGGCUUUUUUACCCUACUUUCACUAUUGCUUUUUUUUCAUUUCCGCUUAACUGCUUAUACCUUUCCCUGAUUUACUUUCAGAGCGUUAUUUUAUUUUUAUUCAUUGGUUAUUAGUUUUCAUCUUUAGUAUCCUACUGCCUAAAUUGUCUUCAAUUAUUCCACUGUUCAAUAACAAACUAUGGCUCUUGAAACGAACUUUGUACAUCCUGACACUUAAAUUUACUCAAUAAACGAAUUUAAAAGCAACGACUUUCAUCACCAACACUUGGAAACCGGUAGGAGUUUCGGCGACACGCGGUGUGACAUUUUGUUCCAAAUUUUCAUCAUUUCCAUCAGGGAGAGUAGUAUGCACAAUCUGCAUUAAUCAUGCAUCCACCCACUUCCCAUAUGCAGUCGUCACACGUUGGCAAAAAUUUUAGAUCAAAUUUAGCAUAAAAUCGUGGAGAAACUGAUUGAAAAUGAACAGUGAAAAAAUGUGUCAAAAUAGUAUUAUUCAAAGACUGGGUAAUUUUUUACGUAUUUUAAAAAAAGAAAACUAGAGAAAUCUAAAACACGUAACGAUAUAAAAAAAUCAACAACACUAAAACAACUAGAAUUCAGAGAGAAACCCACGAAGGAGGACUUUAUACAAUUCUGUUCAAUUGAUGUAAUUACUAUAAAGUCAAUAAUCGAUCGAGGGCUCUGACACUCGGUUGCAUGCUUCCUGUAUGGUAAACUUGUUUUUUUUUCUCUCUUGCUAUUCUUACUCGGCUUCCCAAGGUAACCGCUGCUCAAGCGCCAUUGUUUUUCUUGUGCCCAUUUCAGAAACCAUACAACGCAAUAAGAAAAAAGUUCAACAAAACAAACAGGAAUGCAAUAAAUAAGACAGAACAAACCACAACCAACAGAGAGAAAAAACACAGCACAAACAAAAAAAUAUACCAAGAACACUAUGAGCACUGGAAUGAAAACAAAGCUAUUUAUUUCCUUUCAUAUUGAGAAGAGAUGAGAAAAUGAAUGAGACAACCACAUACAGAACAGUUGAAGCGGUCGUACUAUUUGAGUGUGAAAUGGUGUGUACUGCAGUGUAAAAACGAGAACGAACACACGAACACCUUCGCACAGUUCUGAGCAGUGCUGAGCGUGGGACUCGCCAUGUGUGGUGAGGCAAAACUGUAAAGAAAAGAAAGUGUAGUAUUUAGCACUAUUGUAGAGAAAUGGAAAAAUAAAUUGGUGAAUACAUUAGGCGAAUAACUAGCGAAAACCGUAGUUUAGACAAAUAUAUUUUUUACGAACUUUUUUUUUGAGACAAAGAAAAAAAUGUAUAACAAAGCAAGAGCAAAUUGUAAAGAAAAAAGAACGUAAUUGCACGAAAAGGCGCAUUCAAAAUCACAUAUUAUUUCCCACAUACCCACACACACACACAUACAGUCUUUAGGCAAUUCUACCAAAAUAUUCAAACGCAACAACAAAGGCACCCACUAGCACCUUACUUUAGCACAUUAGUCCCUACGGAACGUUUCUGGCUUCCAAGCUGUAAUGCCUAAGCUACUUUCGAAUGUUUAACCUGUAAGACGCAACCCUAGGUUUAAGGAGUUCAUGUUUCCCUCCCUAUCGAAUGAUACCAAAAAAACCAAAAUCUGGAAGAAGAGUAAUUUGAAUUGUUGCUUGUUUUGUCGUACGACGGAUAGCCUUUUAGUUAAGUUCUGUUGAUUAAUUUUAUCCUACUUCCUACGCCGCUUGGUUGUGCACACGAAGAUUUGGUGAGCUUACAAGUUGACCACCAAGCAAACAGAGAAUAACAGAAAGAAUAUUAUUAUCGGAAGCAAGUGUAACAUAGCGAAAGAACUAAAAAAAAUCCAAUACGAUUAAAGAUAAAAUUAAAACAAUAAAAUAAAGAAACGAAUUUUAUACAAGCUAUAUUUAAGAUAAUUUAAGAAGGAAAUCGUAAAAAAGGAAGAAAAAUUAAAUAAAAAGAAACUCUAUGUUGCGUAAAUUAAGGCAAUCUACUCUGUAAGCUGUAGAAGUUUUGUAACAGAAUUCCAUUUGAUUUAGGAGCUAGCAAAUGCUGCUAAGAAAAAUAAUCCGUUAUUGGCGAAGCGAUAGACAGAAAUACUGACUUGUUUAGUUCUAGUGCAAGAUAAAAUAUGGCAGGACGGCGAAGCUGGCGAAUGCUGGCGAAUCUGGCGGGGUUUCGAUCGAAACGUUCGAGUACUUGUCUACUGGAUGUGUGAUGCACAAGAAAGUGAGUUUUUCUAAUGAAAAAUUUUCGAUCAGGAAAAUCUGUCUCAAAACCCGAAACGGGGCAAAUACGAGUGUUGUUUCUCCGGGGAUCGUUACCUGUGUCAAGUCUUUUCACCUGGGCCAUGAAUGUCGUGGCCGUAACUCACCACUAAAGAUUGAUUUUUAGGAAAUAUAGGAAUUGAUUUAAAAACUCACCAAAAUUUAUGAAAUCGCCAGAACGAUAAUAAUUCAAUGUUUGAAGAUGUUGGCCGCGGUUUCGCUAUCUCCAACAUAUCGACCAGUUUUCCCGAGUAAUACCAUCGGCCCAUAAUCCACACCAAACAGUGACUUUUUUGGGAUCCAUUAAUAGUUGUUGAAAUGCUUCUGGCUGCGUCAUUUUUGCUUGUUGACGUAUCCAUUCAAGCAGAAAUAAGUUUCGUCACUGAACACAAUUUUUCGAUAAAAAAGUAAAUCUUCCUCCAACUUUACCAGCGCCCAUUCCUGGUUAAAUCAUUAGGUUUUUUACUGUCACUGCUAACCUCAAUCGGAUGAACACAUUUUGACAGUUCAGCAGUACUGUUUGUAAACAGAAAUUUCUUUUGUUUGUUUAUUGACAAAUUGGAUCAGACCAUUUACGGUCCGUAUCGCCUAAAUAAAGUUUUAAAACAUUUGUUCACGAUUGAAUACGGUUCGUUUUUUGAUAUUUAUUAAAUAAAAGUGACUAGUUGCAAAGUGUAAAGACGAUUGUUUUAGAUGUGCUCUUCGAUUUUUGUUUAAGCUUGUUUGUAAACAGUACCGCUGAACUGUCAAGGAUGAAUACUUGUUCAUUUGUGUCGUCACGAUAAAAAACCUAAUAGACCGAACGACGAUUCAUGAUUAAAUUAUAGAACAAACUGAACAAGUUUGAUAAUGACACAAGACGCAAUUCAUGCGUGAUCUGUCAAAAACAGUGUUGCCGAAAAGAUAUCAGCAAAAAAUCACUUUUUAUAACAUUAUGUGGCAUUACAUUUUUUUGAGGAUAUCGGCUCAUAUACUCAUUGAACAUAACUCAAAAUUGAGUGAGUUCAUAACAAGAGCACGUAGUCAAAACUUGAGUGUGUACUCAUUUUUGAGUAAAGGAAUAAAGAUUUGAAUGUUUGAGUUAUAUUAAAUUAAAAGCAGAAAAAUAUGCGUUAGUUAAAAAUUUGAGUGAUUUUAACUCAAAAUUUGAGUUCUUUGAGCUACAAUUUUAAUGACACAUUUUCGCUCACAUUCGAGUACAGUUAACUAAAUAUUAAGUUCUUCAACCUCAAAAUAUUCUGCUCCACAAAAUGGAUUAGAAUAGUUCAAAAUCGCUCAAUUUUUGUCACAUUUAUUUGACGUUGGACCAAAAUGGUCUAACAAUCCAUAAUGAAGUGACCUGUAUGGGACUAAAAUUAAAUGGUUUGGAAACAUUCCUGAUCGACUUCUUACUGGAUGUAAUUGAAACCUAGUACACCCAUAGGAAUCACAUAUGCGACUGAAGUGGCAAAUAAUGCCAGGAAAGGGUUGUCGAAUCGUCAAUGUACAACAAUCUUAAUCAAUAAAUUCUUGACAAGUGUUUGUAUUUUUACAACACACUCCGAGCAACAUGACGGUUAGAUUUUUUUCGUUCAAAUAUUUGAAAACUCAACGCUUACUUUAUAAUCUCUCUCUCUAUCUCUCUCUCUCUCUCUAUCUUUUAACUCAAUUUUCAUUUUAAUCAAAUCAGAACUCAAAUGUUGACAGAUUGCUUCAGUUUAUGGAUUUGAGUAAUCGCAACUCAAAUUUUGAGUUAUGUCCAAUGUGCGUGUACGCAACAAGGAAUUGCAGAUUAAAUCUGGGCUAAAUCUACUCAUUUUUGAGUUAAGGGACAAAGUUGUCAAAGCUCAAAAUAGACAAAAAAAAUUUUUUUUCAAAAUUUGAGUUCCUUGCACUCAAAAUAAAGAAAUUCUUAUUCAUUAAUGUUUAUAUACAAAGUCAUUUUUUUUUCUUUUAAAUGGCAAGCGCAAAAAAAGUGAUUCAAAGCCAUUUCUUUUUGACCAGUUUGGAGUCAAAAUUGAACGAUUUUUAUAUCUUUUUAUUUUGGAUUUCUCACUUAGCAUAAUUGAAUCCACAAAAUUUCUAUUGAAACCAUCUAUGAUUGAUGAUUCAUGAAUUCAAAAACCGGAUCUAGAAACUGCAAUGAAAAACGACGUAUUCUUGCAUUCUUAAAUUCGAGCAAAAUUUUCCGUGAAUGAAAACGCACUGAACUGCAAGAAGUAUUUUUUCCCCCAAAUGUUUCAAAACUCGGCACUUACUCUACCGUAUGAAUAAAUGCGAGAAAAAUCAUGGCCUGAGCAAAUUCUACUCAAAUCCAUACUCAAAUUUUGACAUAUUAUUCCAGUUUAUGAAUUUGAGUAAUCGUAACUCAAACUAUGAGUUAUGUUCGACGAGCUUGUAAUUCAUCAAUUGAAUUUUUUAUUGUGACGUCACGAAUGAACAAAAAUUCAUCCUUGACAGUUCAGCGGUACUGUUUACAAACAAGCAUAAACAAAAAUCGAAGAACACAUUUUAAACAAUUAUCUUUACACUUGACAACUAGUCACUUUUAUUUAAUAAAACUCAAAAACAAACCGUAUCCAAUCGUGAGCAAAUGUCUUAUUACUCUAUUUAGGCGAUAUGGACCGUAAAUGCUCUUAUCCAAUUUGUCAACAGACAAACAAAAAAAUCUCUGUUUACAAACAGUACUGCUGAACUGUCAAAAUGUGUUCAUCUGAUUGAGGUUAGCAGUGACGGCAAAAAACCUAAUGAAUAGAACCAUGUUACAUUUUACAUGUUCUGUGGUCUUGAUAAUGAACCACACAUUAAAAAAAUAGAUUUUCUUGCUCAUAACAAAGUAUACGCUUCAAGUUGAUAAUGUAUGCUCAGUUAUCAAUGGGUUUGAGACUGAAUGUAGUGAAAUUUUUGUGUAAUUUUGAGUGAUUAAUACAUCGCAUGACAUCUACAUAACAUUGGUAAUUGAACGAGAAAUGUCGGUUCUGGUUUUUACGGCAAGCACAAUAUAACGACUCACAUUUGAAAAAUAGGUAGUUCAUGGCCUCGAUAUCGUGAAAACGUACCAACCAUUAAAGCAUUCAUGAAAACAUUUUUUGACAUUAAAAAUGCCUUAUUCUUCAUAAUACGUGGCCAAGUGUCAAUUAAAAAUUAGAAAAUUAGCCGCGUUAGAUUUUUUGUCAUGAUUUUGAACGCAAAGAACUCAGUGAUCUGUGGAUGGAUUUAUAUAAUUUCACUACCAAUCGAUUCGAGACCAUUUAACUUAAACAUGUAUGGCAACGUCGGUUCCGUAUUUCAAUAGCAUACUAUUGAAAAAUUGGUUAGAAUCGACCUAUGUUUUCACUAACCAAUCACAGCAGGGUAAAUGAUGCCAUCCUAUUGAUUUCUCGUGCACGGCCGAUAGUUUCGAUCGUUGAUUUGCACCUUGAAUUUCAUAUUAUAGCAGAUCUGCUUCGUUCGGUAUAUGAGCCGUCAAGCAGGUAGCUUGUCACUCGCUGAAUGCUUGCUUUUUGUGGUGUGCCAUUUUCUUCCAUCUGCUACACACCGUGUUCGCUUGAAUAUAUUGAAUCUGUUGAUUCUACGGGAACUAUCAGGCCAAUUCAGAACAUUCGGCGAUAGACUUAGAUAUAUUCCUAACAUAGGACAAUUCCAUUUAUUUAAUAUUGAAUCUGUUGCAGUAUUGAUUUUUUUAGUAAUAGAACCUGCAUCACCGACAAAAUGCUGUUAAUUUUAUUAUAUAAAUUUUUGAUACUAUCGUUUAUAUAUUUUAAAAAUCUGAUUAACGAUUAUUAUUACAUAAAUUCAUUAGAAUUAUGAAUACUUUUGUUUCAAGCAAUAUAAUAAAACAAUCUUAAAGUUGUCUGUAGCGGAUAGUAUUUUUCUGAGGUAAAGCAAAGUUUUGUCUGUGACAGCAGUUCCCUUGCUACACACUGGAAACAUAACCUGAUCAUGACUAAAAAGAGCUUCAAAAAGCACGAUAAAGCGAUACUCAAUCGAAACAUCAGUCAAAUUUGCAUCUUCUCAACUUCACAGUGGAUUUUCACUUGAAUUCCCUACAAUUCGAGAUGUUAUACUCAAGGAUGGUUUUUAUCGUAUCAAUUUGAUUUAUAGAAGUAACAGGAGUUCAGGGUUUUGCGCAGUGUUUGAAACAGCCCUCCGGUUUGAGCGAUUGUUUGUGUUCGCUCUAGUCCUGUACUCCUGUUAAUUCUCUGUACGAAAUUCAAGUAAAUAGCGGUAACAUGGUUGAAACUGUGGCAUGAAACAUGCUUUGUGAUUAGAUUUUUAUUAUUGUCGUUAUAAUAACGAUAACGAAUGGAACCUCAACGCAGCAAUAGAACUUAGAGUUCGAAUAAGAGUUCGUGUGGGAGUGAAAGAGCGAGUAGGAUUUUUCACGUAUGUAAUACUCAAAGAGUAAGCAACAGCAAGAGUGCGAGAGUGGAAGAGCAACGGGUGCAGUAGGAGUGUGCAUGCUUGUCUGACACGAGUGAGUGAGUGAGGGCCAAAAGGAGCACGACUGAGGUGGAGAAUGUUUCAUCGUCACUAACCAGUUAAGAAUGUCGUAGAGCAAUCAUGCGAAAAAAAUGUGUGUGGAGCACGCUCACAGGAGAGUCUUUGAUGUUUAGGUGGCACAGGAGAGAGCAGAAUGUGUGCAAUUUGAAUGAGCUUAGCAACACUGAUUGAGAGAGUCGAGUUCUUGUAGCAUCUUCUACCGGAUUGAAAAUGUUGUAUACAAUAUAGAUAAAUAUCGAGCAGCUUCUGUCAAAUUUUCGGCAAUCACCAACACUGGUUAUACUGAUUUACGGUAUUUUAAAUUACCAUUUUUAACUGCAGUCGUGCACUCGUUCAGCUUGAAAUCGCAGUUAGCCAUGUUUGGACAACCGGAAUUCGGCAAAUGAUCAUAGUAGCAAGUUUACUUCAGUUAAAAACUGAGCGUCGUGCAGUUUGUAAAUUGAAACAAAUAAUGGAAUUAUUUGCUUUAGUCAACGUGAAAAUUCGUGAUCUCUGUCGUAUUAAUAAAUUAUGCGUUGUUAGUUUAUUUUAGGGCUACAAUAUGCAGUCAUUUAAUACAUUCCCGGUUUUCGAUUAACGAUUUGCGGUAUAAAAAAUUUCUCCAAAUAAGCAAGUAAAUAAUGAAUAUUUCCUUCGAAAUAGUACAUCAUACCUGAUUAAUUUAAAUAAAAUUGAAAGACUGGAGUGUAUCUUCUUCUUCAUUCUAGUUGGUGUAGCCUUGAUGUUGUUAACACCUAUUGAUGUCACAGCAACUUAGGUUAUAUUUCUAGUUGAUUUACGACUUUCAGAUUUACGAGAUUCAGAUUGUUCUGUUCAGAGAUUCUCCAGAGAUUUAUCAUUCUCACGAAACCGAAAAGCUUGGCAAAUGCAAAUUACUCGUUAGAUUGAAUAUAUUCAGAAUUUCGGUAGUUUCAAAACUUACCGAAACAAUCUGCUGCUCAAAUUUCGUCAAAUAUGUGUUGAUAGUCGAGAAAACAAUCUAAAAUCCAAAUCUGGUCAUCCGAUCUUUCCAUUCCGAAAGAAAACUUUGACUGUAGUAAAUAAAAUCAUUAGGCAUCGGGAAUUGCGGGACGCAACCUAAGCAGACUUGAAAUCAACGAUCCCGGAUUCAUCAUCAGUAAAUUGUUUUUCCUUUUCGGAAAACUCUUCAGAUUCGCCAGUGUUGCCAUUUCGCCUGCAAUUAAUAUAGAGUGAACCGAUAGAAUACGCCGCUAGCCAAAUUCUAUGUAUUUUUGCUGUUAAUAAGCUGUUUUUGUUGUUUCAAUGAGUGUAGGAAAAUCAAAAUGGAUGUUAGAAGGAACUAAAACUAACAACCCAGAUAGACACGAUUUCGAGAAUCGUACAUUUUCUUUUACGCAAAUUUUAUCUGUGUUCUCUUCUGAUUGAGUCUACCAAUGGAAAGCUCAGAGACUUGCGAAGAUCAACCGGAAAGAAAUCCCCGAAAAACACACAGAACAGAAAUCCAUGUAAAAUCCAUGGAAGCAUUUCUAAAAAACGCUGAUCUAAACUUACAAUAUUAAUUGCCGUAAGCAAAGAACGUAAUUGAUUACCAUUCAUGUAAUUUGUUACAAUUAAGGAUAUAAUUAAAAGGAUAAUCGUCAUUUGUUUGACAGGCGCUAGUUUCACUAAUCGAUGUUUGAUUUUUUCUUUCCAAACCAACUGUGUCAGUAAAAUUAAGUCCCUUUUGUAUUUUGUCCCCUAUAAGAGUGGAAGAAAGUCGAUUUAGUUGGUCAGACCGGGAUGAGAAACCGAUAGACUCGUCGACAUAUCGGAGCCAAUAGUUCGUUCGUGAUGAGUUCUUCAUAAACGACAACAAACUAAGUUUGAAAGGAUAUGCUUUACACGCGAACGGUAAACUAAUGCGGCAAUGGUUGAAUAUCACCCAACCACUGUAGAGAGUUCACGAACGAAAGCAGAAGAGAAAAAAACCAUGGUUAUAAAGAGAAAACCAAGAUGACACGUGUACAUAAGAAAAGAAAACAAAAAAAAAGCAAAUAAAUAAUUAUAAGUAAUUAAGUGAUAUUUUUCAGUAGUUUUCGAACGAAAAUAAUUAGUCGAUAAGGGAAAGCGCAAGAGAGAACGUGAUACCAGAUGAGAGAAAAGCUAUUUUUAUGAAAAUUUAUAACUGUAACUGUAUUAUUAGAGGUGAGAGUGAGUCUGAAAAUGGUCGGCGUAAAAUACGUUUUUAACUAAAUCGGAUAUCGUGGGAUGAGCUGAAUGGAAUACUGUUUCACAUAAACAAACAAAAAAAAGAUUAUUUGGACUGUAGACGAAGAAGUAUGAAGGUUUAGUUCAUUUUAGCAAAGAAACCAGGAAAAAGAAAGGUUGCCCCUCAAACGGACUCUUACUCUGAUUCAAAAUUCUCAUAAUUGUUAAUAAGACAAAUUCUAUCGAAUAAUUCCUUUGACAUCAGUCUAAGUUACUUUUUAGACUUAUUCAAAAUGUAUAAGAAAACAUAAAUGAAUCUUUAUAUCAAACAAAUACAUUACUAAAUGUUUUGGCAUCACGUAAAAUAAUAAUUGUUUGCAUCUUAAUGUUCUAGCUUUUUAUGAAACCAUCACGAAAAAAAUAUAGAAAAGCAGUAAUACCGUGACACACUGUAAUGUUUGCUAGCUUUUCUGCUGCUGGUUCCAAGAGAAGAUAUAUUUAUUGAACUUUUGAGAAGAAAAUAAACGAAGUGAAAAAAGAAAAAAAGGAAGCAAGGCUUUCGUUGUGCAAGAUAUAUUUAAUAUAGAAUUGAAACGUUAAGUACAUGAUAUAAAUUUAAAUCAAAACACCGCUUAUUACCAUUUAUCUACUGAUACGGAAGCUUGAUAAUUCAUCGCGCGCUGCAGACCGAGUGCGAAUCGCACUCAAUUUCGAAACUAGAAAACAAGAUCAAAUAAUUGUAAAUUAAUAAUCAGUUGCAAAACCAUCUUCGAGCGAUUGGAUUGACACUUGGAACAGCUGACUGAUACGCAGUGGUAUGAAAUUGGCUCCGAAUAUGACGACGAGGUUCUCUUAUUGGUUUUAAUCACAAUUUAAUAUUAUAUUGAACAGAGAUGAAAUGGAUGAAAGUUAUAGCUUAAAAUUCUGCUAUGUGCAUACUAAAUUUAAGAAGAAAAAAAAAUAAACGUACGUUCCUGUUACAAAAAUGAGUC